AUGCCCGAGCUAUCAGAGAUAUACCGCAUCGUGCACUUCAUCCGCCAACAUCUCGUCGGCAAGACCCUUACAAAAGUAUCGACCCAAAACGAUGACAUCGUCUACGGCAAGGUGGGCACAACCGCCGCGGAAUUCCAAAAAGCCAUGGAGGGUAAAAAGGUUGUCGGGGCAGGUCAGCAAGGGAAAUACUUCUGGAUAGCCAUGUCCUCGCCACCGCAUCCCGUCAUGCAUUUCGGAAUGGCGGGUUGGCUGAAGAUCAAAGAUGCCGAUACCUACUAUUACCGGACGGACAAGCCAGAGGACAAGGAGUGGCCGCCGAAGUAUUGGAAGUUCUUGCUUGAGACCGAUGGGGACCCGAAGACGGAGGCUGCUUUUGUGGAUUUCCGACGGCUGGCGAGGAUCCGGUUGGUGGAUUGUCCGGCGGAUGAGAUUCGGAAGUAUACGCCUCUCAAGGAGAAUGGGCCUGACCCUGUUGCGGAUAAGCAUAUUGUCUCGGAGGCUUGGCUGAGUGAGAAGCUGAAGGGUAAGAAGGUACCUGUAAAGGCGCUUCUUCUUGAUCAAGCUAAUAUUAGUGGUAUUGGUAAUUGGAUGGGAGAUGAAAUUCUAUAUCAUGCGAAAAUACACCCAGAGCAAUACAGCAACACAUUGACAGACGACCAAAUCAAAGAACUCCACACAGCCAUUCAUUACGUCUGCUCUACCUCCAUAGAGGUACUGGCGGACUCGGACAAAUUUCCCGAACACUGGCUGUUCAAACAUCGAUGGAGCAAAGGAAAGAAGAAUAAGACUUCGACUUUGCCGAACGGAGAGAAGAUCACUUUCCUUACCGUCGGUGGCAGGACCAGCGCGGUAGUACCAAGCGUGCAGAAAAAGACUGGCCCGGUAGCAGGAGAUGUUAAGGAUGAGGAAGCGAGCAGUGAUGAGCGAGAGGUCAAGCGGAAGCGAACAGCUCCGAAGAAGGACGAGCCGAGUACUAAGAAGCCGAGCUCAAAGCGGCAGAGUAAACAGACAGCCAAGACCGAAGACGAACAAACUGUUAAAGCUGAAGACGAGGGGGAAGUCGAAAAUUUGGGGAGGCGACGCUCAACACGAUUGAGAAAAUGA